GCCACAGCAAUGUUUGCUAGUUAGCACGGUGCUAGUUAGCUAGCGGCUAGUUAGCAUGGUGGCCGGGACGUUUCAUACGGAAUUGUUAGUGAAACAAUUUUUAAAAAGCUUUUCAUGAACCGUUAAUUCCAAUUUAAUGUUGUUUCUGGGGCACAGUUUGUUUACAUUAAGUCAACAAUGUCGGACAGAAAGCGUACAAGAGACAAGGAGGACAGACGAGACCACAAGAGACACAAGGCGUCCAAACAUGAUAUGGAGAAACUCAAGACACACACGAAAAAACUCAACCAAGAAGUCCAAAAACUGAAACACGUCGAGACUUUCUAUGAGAAACCUCCACCAGGAUAUAUCAAGGAACAUGAAGAAAAACCAGAGGACUGUAUUCCUGCUGAACCAGGAAAUGAGGCAGCCAGGAGCUUCCUAGCACACGCCCCAACCAGGGGGCUGUGGAUGCCACUUGGGAAGGAGGUGAAAGUGAUGCAGUGCUGGAGAUGCAAGCGCUACGGCCACAGGACGGGAGAUAAGGAGUGUCCCUUCUUCAUCAAAGGCAACCAGAAACUCGAGCAGUUCAGAGUGGCUCAUGAAGACCCAAUGUAUGACAUAAUUCGGGAGAACAAAAGGAAUGAAAAAGAAACCAGGAUCCAGCAACUUCAGCAGCUGCUCCAAGACACCACCUCCUCCUCUUCGUCCUCCGACUCGGACAGCUCCUCCUCUUCGUCCUCCGACUCGGACCACCACCAUAGCAAGAAGAAGAAAAAGAAGAAGGACCGAAAGAAGAAAGACAAAAACAAGAGAAAGAGGAAGAGAAAACACAAAUCCUCCAAAACAAGCGACUGCACAGAUUCGGAUUGAGGAUUCGGAACACGCUGAUAUGUGAACUUGAAUACUACGUACUUCAAUCGUAGUAACAGACUGAAUGAAGUAGCAGGAAUUGUAGAUGUUACACAGCAGUGAACUGUGUGGUGCAGAAGUAAAAAAAAUGCACUCCCCUUAAGCCUUUUCUCUGCAGGUUGAAAACUGUAUAUCUACUACGCAUGACUUCUCCCAGCCGUUUUACUUGCCCCAGGAUGACGACGUGCAUUUACAUCCUCUCUGUUAGAUCACAGCACCGAGUCAGAUGGAAUGGCUGCUUAAGUGUGUGUAAGUGUGCCUUGGUGCAUAUGUGUACGUCAAAAAGCAUUUUCUGCAUGGGUAGUCAAUCUACCGUGAUUAUGGAAUGAGCCUGCUGGUGUAAGAGAUAAUGUUCUUUCACAGGUUCUAAUAAGAUAGUCUGCCAGCAAAUACAGUGUGUCAUAAAGAGAUUGUAUUUCCCACCAUAUUUUGUUAUUCUUGCCACCGCGCUCGUAUUAAAAACUUUGAUUGUAGAGUGUGUGAAGCGCAAAGAGGUGGAAAAAAAGUUCAAAUUAAACGCUGGAACGCAGUGAGAAAAUGUUUUCCACACAAACCCGAAUGUUUAAAUGCUUGUGACUGUACGUAAAUAUUUGGAAUGAUUUGAGGUUGGAAUAUGCUUAUUUGCUCUGUAAAAGCCACAGAGAUGGGGAAAGAAUGUAUUUGAAUGUGUUCCCUUAUUCUGAGAAUAAAGAUGGCUAUUUUCUCUGAAGUUUACCCAA